UUGGUUCCGACUUCCUGUUGUUUGAGGCCGGGUCGGGGGUGUGCGAUUGUGUGGGACGGCCUGGGGCAGCCCAGCAGCGGCUGACUUUCUGCCUGCGGGAAAGGGAGUCGCGAGUGGGCCGUCAUGGCGGUGUCGGAGAGCCAGCUCAAGAAAAUGGUGUCCAAGUUUUUAAUGAUGGCAGUUCCAGGGAACUAAUGAACCUCACUGGAACAAUUCCUGUGCCUUAUAGAGGUAAUACAUAUAAUAUUCCAAUAUGCCUAUGGCUACUGGACACAUACCCAUAUAAUCCCCCUAUCUGUUUUGUUAAGCCUACUAGUUCAAUGACUAUUAAAACGGGAAAGCAUGUUGAUGCAAAUGGGAAGAUAUAUCUUCCUUAUCUACAUGAAUGGAAACACCCACAGUCAGACUUGUUGGGGCUUAUUCAGGUCAUGAUUGUGGUAUUUGGAGAUGAACCUCCAGUCUUCUCUCGUCCUAUUUCGGCAUCCUAUCCACCAUACCAGGCAACGGGGCCACCAAAUACUUCCUACAUGCCAGGCAUGCCAGGUGGAAUCUCUCCAUACCCAUCCGGAUACCCUCCCAAUCCCAGUGGUUACCCAGGCUGUCCUUACCCACCUGGUGGUCCAUAUCCUGCCACAACAAGUUCUCAGUACCCUUCCCAGCCUCCUGUGACCACUGUUGGUCCCAGUAGGGAUGGCACAAUCAGCGAGGACACCAUCCGAGCCUCUCUCAUCUCAGCGGUCAGUGACAAACUGAGAUGGCGGAUGAAGGAGGAAAUGGAUCGUGCCCAGGCAGAGCUCAAUGCCUUGAAACGAACAGAAGAAGACCUGAAAAAGGGUCACCAAAAACUGGAAGAGAUGGUUACCCGUUUAGAUCAAGAAGUAGCCGAGGUUGAUAAAAACAUAGAACUUUUGAAAAAGAAGGAUGAAGAACUCAGUUCUGCUCUGGAGAAAAUGGAAAAUCAGUCUGAAAACAAUGAUAUCGAUGAAGUUAUCAUUCCCACAGCUCCCUUAUACAAACAGAUCCUGAAUUUGUAUGCAGAAGAAAACGCUAUUGAAGACACUAUCUUUUACUUGGGAGAAGCCUUGAGAAGGGGAGUGAUAGACCUGGAUGUCUUCCUGAAGCAUGUACGUCUUCUGUCCCGUAAACAGUUCCAGCUGAGGGCACUAAUGCAAAAAGCAAGAAAGACUGCCGGUCUCAGUGACCUCUACUGACUUCUCUGAUACCAGCUGGAAGUUGAGCUCUUCUUAAAGUAUUCUUUUCUUCUCUUCCUUUCUCUUAUCAGUAGGUGCCCAGAAUAAGUUAUUGCAGUUUAUCAUUCAAGUGUAAAAUAUUUUGAAUCAAUAAUAUAUUUUCUGUUUUCUUUUGGUAAAGACUGGCUUUUAUUAAUGCACUUUCUAUCCUCUGUAAACUUUUUGUGCUGAAUGUUGGGACUGCUAAAUAAAAUUUGUUGCAUAA